AUGUCCGUGGACGACUGCUUCAUCCCGCUCCCCUCCCCACUCCAUGACCGCUGGCGGUGCGGCUCUCACCCCUGCCUGUCCCAGCUAGAUCUGGACGACCGCGCGGCCGCCGGUUCUGGCACGGCGGGCGAGGGAGCCGCCUCGCAUGGCGUCCCCAGACGCAUCCUGCGGAGCCCUAACCGCCCACUCGCCGUCCCCCCGACGCGCCUCCCUCCUCCUCCCCUCGAUCCGCUGCCUGCUAUGUAUAAGGGGAAUUCGCUGCCUGUCUUCCCAGAGGAGGAGCCAAAGCAACACCAAGUCGCAGUUUCACGGGCCGCUUCAAAGGGGAGAUAUGCAAGAUUUAAAGAGAAUUUGAAUGCCAAGCCACAGGAGACAAAGCAACAUCACCAUCAAGUUCACGUCUCAUGCGCCGCUUCAAAAGGGAGGAGUCGAGCUGGUUGGAUGUCCAUGGAGAGGAGCACUCCUGAAGGUAUCAACAUGGAGGAACAUGCUUCGAGGUUUCGGCCUCUGCCCCCACCCAAAUGGACGGGUGACUUUGACAUCGCUUCCAUCGGAAUUCCACCUGUAAUGCGAAAGAGGAAACCUCCGGAGGUGAGGAACGCGCUGCGCGAAAGAAGAGUCGCGGCCAAACAAAAGGAUGCGCGCUACCACGCGGAGGUGGCCCUGCGUAAAUACAACAGAGCGAACAACACCAAGUAUGAGCUGGUGGAGGUAAAAGUGAUAUCCAUAUUUUACGAGUUUGGAGGGGGCGGCGCCCAUUAUAACUUCACAGCUAAGCAGCCUGAGGACCAGCAGAAUGCUGAUGCCGACAGUACCAAGCUAUUCUUCUCUGAAGUCGACCUCUAUUUCCGGAGUGAGAAUGAUGUGAUUAUGUGCUGUAUAGUUGGAGAAAAUGAUGCAGGGCGCUGCUAUGGAUGCGAAAACUACCAGCCUGUUGUUCACCCAAGCAGCCAAGCAUAUGGCGGCGGUAGUAGUACUUGUAUUGACUAUCCUGGUUCGGAUGGCGAUAGCGACAGCGACUAG